GGAGUGAAUUUGCACUUUCAUUCUGCUGAAAAUCUGCUGAAAAUCUCCUGGAUAUAAACUUCGAUAAACGUCCCGACUGAAGGAAAAAUAAUCAUCUGUCAUUCAGAGAUGUUUAUUCAUUUGAUGCUACUGACUGUUUACUUUAUGGAACCUCAAUCAGAGAGUUUAGAGGUUAUUGGUCCAGAAGCUCCUCUUGUUGCUGUAGCUGGUGAAGAUCUGGUUCUGCCCUGUUUUAUCAAACCCAACACCAGUGCUGUGGACAUGACAGUGGAGUGGUUCAAACUCGAUGUAAAGGACUCAUUAGUGCAUCUCUAUAGGGAUCAUGAAGACAAAAAUGAAGGUCAGGCUCAGUACUACAGAGGAAGAACUUCACUGUUUAAAGAGGAGCUACAGAAAGGCAACACUUCACUCAAACUCUCAAAUCUCAGAGUCUCUGAUGAAGGAGAAUAUAAGUGUCUUGUUCAGGACAAAUCCUUGUACGAUGACAUCACUGUGAAGGUCAUUGUAGAGGUUCAGGGAAGCCACCCAGUGAUAAUGAUGGAGAGUUUUGAUAACUCAGGAGGGAUUAAUCUAGUGUGUGAGUCCAGAGGCUGGUACCCUGAACCUGAUGUUCUGUGGCUGGACAGAGAAGGAGUCACUCUGACUGCUGAAGAUACACAGAUACACAAAGACACUGACGGCUUCAGUGUGAAAAGCCACAUUACAGUUUAUGAUUAUAGCGACUCUAACAGGUUUUACUGCAGACUUCAGCAACAACAUCACAUGCUGGAGACAGAGAUUAUCAUCAAUAGUAAAGUCUUUGAAGCAUGGAAGUGGAUUGUUGGGAUUUCAGUUUCAGCAUGUCUUAUUGCUGUUGGAUUGAUCGUAACUGCAGUUUGUCAACAAAAAGAGAUGCAGAAGCAGUCCAAAGAACUGCAGAGACUGAGUGUGGAAUAUGAGUUAUUAAAGAAGAAGCAGUAUGCAGUGGAUGUGACUCUGGAUCCUGAUUCAGCUCAUCCAUAUCUCAUCCUGUCUGCUGAUGGAAAACAAGUGACACGUGGAGACACACGACAGAAUCUCCCUGAUUUACCACAGAGGUUUAAAUUUUUUGGUGUUCUGGGAAAGCAGAGUUACUCCUCAGGGAGAUUUUAUUAUGAGGUGCAGGUCAGAGGGAAAACUGACUGGAUAUUAGGAGUCGUGAGAGAGAACAUUGACAGGAAGGAGUGGAUUACACAGUGUCCUCAGAAUGGAUUCUGGACUGUGAUCCUGAGGAAUGAGAAUCAGUACAGUGCUUAUGAUAUUCCCCCUGUUCCCCUCACACUGAGAGAGAAGGUGGAGGUUGUGGGGGUGUUUGUGGAUUAUGAGGAGGGUCUGGUCUCCUUUUAUGAUGUGAAGUCCAGAUCUCAUAUCUACUCUUUCACUGGUCAGUCUUUCACUGAGAAACUCUAUCCAUACUUCUGUCCAUAUUUAAACAAAAAAGGUAAAAAUUCAGCACCACUGAUCAUCUCUUCUGUAUUUAAGACUGAAUGAAUUUUCACCUCACAAAUUUAAUCAUCUAUUAAAUGUUGAGAAUAAAUAAGAAACAUUUUACUUUUUUUAGUUACAUUUUAAAAACAUUUUAAAAACUUUCCCUUUUAAAAUGCUGUACAUAUUUUAAUA